AUGCGUCAUUUAUAUGGGCCAAUCCUACAUAUCUUGCUUGCACAAUGGAUAGGGCCACUGGGCUUGUCUCUCCAUCCAUUCAAAUUUGCUAAAGGUGUGCUGUGCGCUCAUGAGCCCAUGCUAACUUUUCAAUUAAUUCCUGCCAGUGCCCAACCCACGGCAGGAGAUUGAACACAUAAAUCCAUUAACCCAAACAAGAUGUCCAAAUAAGAACUAUUCAUACCGAAAGGGUUAUAUCCACUGAUAACUUGUGAGCAGUUUAGCCAUAAAUAA